AUGGAUUCUCAGAUCGAGACUUCUACCGCAUCGGUGGACCAGGUGCCCCCUCCGAUCACCCUCACCACCGACUCCAUUCCGACUGAGCCAGCCACGGUAACAACGGUGGCCAUUGAGACCACCACGGAGGAUUCUCCUGAGCCGCCUAGCGACAUGCCUUCCCAACCGUCGACAGAGCCCCGAUCUGAGGAGCUCCCAGAUGCCCCGCAAGGCGAAACACAGACCAUCGAAGAUGCCGACCCGGCAUCAGCGGGUCAACCAGCUCCACCUGAAUUAGAACAUGCCUACUGGGCCGAGAUUGAGGAGGACUCUACAGUGCCGGACGAAACAGAGAUGAAGGAAAUUGAAUCUGCGGCAGAUGGCGACUAUAGCGCCUAUGAGUAUGACUACUGGGAGAAGAAUUUCCACGCCGAUCUAGAUGAUCCAGAGUACCGUCCUAUCCAGAAGGCACGUCUGACGUGGAAGAUCAAAGGCGUUCGUGGCUCUCCGGACCGCCCCAACCGCGCUAAAAUCAUGCGCUCGCCCCCAGCUUACAUGGGUGGCUAUUGGUGGACCAUCAAAUUCUUCCCACGCGGUAACAACGUCAACUCCCUGAGCAUUUACAUCGAGUGCUCUCCGACCAUGCCCACUCCGGAGAAGUCUUAUCCGGAUACGGAAUUCAAGGUGCUCCAGGGCCCUGCUGAAGAGAGCUUGGACAACAAUGCUCCCGAGCUUGACAUGAAGUUUGCAGAGACUGAGGAUACGGCUGCAUGGCUUGAGCAAUUCAAGGCGCAGUAUCCUCAUGCUCGCCAGGAGAAUGCUGCCGGGGCUGGUUCCUGGCGGGUGUCCGCUCAGAUUGGCGUCAUACUUUACAACCCAGAGGAGCCUCGAACGGGUUGGAUGCAGUCGUCAUGCCACCAGUUUAACCCACAUAAUCUGGACUGGGGCUGGACUAAUUUCCACGGCCCGUGGGAUCAGAUCCAUCGCCGUCAGCGGGGCCAGCGCCAGGCACUGCUUCGGCACGAUACGCUCGCGUUCGAUGCUUACAUCCGUAUCGUUGACGAUCCCACUCGGUCGCUUUGGUGGCAUGCCAGUGACACCGAGCCUACUUGGGACAGCUUGAGCUUAACAGGCUACCGUCCCUUAGGUGACUCGGUCAUCAACCACAGUGCGGAGGUAGCCGGGCUCGCCACGUGGCUGCACCUUGCUCCCUUCUGCAAGAUUAUUCAGAAAGCGAACGUCUUGGAACAUCUCAGUGACUGUGAUGUCAAACCCAAGCCGCUUUGUGACGCGUUGCAGAAGUUCCUCUGGCAGCUGCGUUCGCGAGGCCAAUCACUGCAGUACGUAGACACUGAUCUCAUCACAUCAAUUCUGCGGAACCUGCACGAGUACUCGGGGGAUGUUUGCGAAUUCUGGGAGCGCUUGCGUCGGACCCUCGAGAUCGAGCUUGAGGGCACCGAUGCAGUACAUGAACUCGCCCAGCUGUUCGACAGCCCGUCUGUCGAGUCAGUUCCUGUUGGUGCGACAGGAGAGGGUGUGAUUAACACUAUACCGAAGGAAUACAAUUCCCGCAUUUGCGUAUCUGCAGAUCAGGUCAAGACCACCAGCGACGCCUUAAAUCAAUACCUUAGUGCCAAGCCGGGACGGUGGGUGCUUCCACCCAUCCUACACCUGGAGCUUGAUCGUCAGCAUUUGGAUAAGGCAGCUCGGCAGUGGCGCCUCCUUUACAACCGGGUCGAGCUGGAUGAAGAGCUAGAUCUCGCACCUUAUUUGCUGGAUGAUCAGGAUGGGAAGUAUGUCCUGUAUGGGUACAUCGUCCACCGUGGCCGACGCACCUCAGGCAAGUUCUUCAGUAUUCUUCGCCCAGGUGGACCUGGUACCAGAUGGCUGGCUUUCGAUGAUGGGAGCGACAACCGUGUCGAAUGUCUGACUCGCAAGACUGCUCUGGGACCUCACCUUGGUCUGGACGCCUCGCAAAAGCCUGAUCACAAGACCGGCCACGACGUCGCCAUCGCAGUGAUGUACAUUCGCAGCGACGUCGUGCAGGAUUACCUGCCUGGUCCUCAGGGACCGUGGGAGGUGUCCGCGCCGCUGAAGGAAUACUACGAGACCGGAAACUUGCCUUUGGCUUCGACUGAAAAGGAUGAGAUCGAAGUUGAAGUCUACUCGCUUCCGAAGUACGAUCAAUUGGGCAGUCUAUUUGAUACCUACGAUCUGAUGGCACAGGCCAAAACGGCAAACAGCGUGAUGUAUCUAACGGUGCCUCGCUCGUCCAACUAUGUUGAUCUCCGCAAGAAGAUUGCGUUGUGGGCGUCGACCAAGACGGAGCAGGCCACUAGCCCUGAAUAUGUUCGCUUGUGGCAGAUUGGACACACUCGCGAUCAGUUUGGGCCUACACUCGCUUUUGCCCGCAUUACAGAGCUAUCCAACAGUCUGGAGCUGCCUGCCAAGACGGUUCGCUUCUGGAUGGAGAUUGUUUCGGAUGCAGAUGCGAAGCUGUUCGCCAUCGCGGACCCGCAGCAAGCCAUUGCUAUGGAAGCCAAACCAGAGGAGGCUAUUCUUGAGCGAGACGGUUCCGAGUCUUCCGAGGAUAGACAGUCUCUUCAUGAGGUCGGCGCUGCCGAGCCUAGCUCAUCUGGCAAUAUUCCUGAGCAUUUGUUGGAUAGCAUUGUUCCGGAGCCAGUGUCUCGUGAAGUCGACCCUGAGACCAACCCACAGGAUGCUGAAGCAGCCACCGAAAGCCAGGUCGCUGAGACAGCCCACGUUGAGGACACCGCUGCGAGAGAUGAGAACGAUGCCGUCAUUGCUGCAAUCAUCGCAGAGGAUCUUCAACAAAUGGAAGUUGAGGCUUCUGAGCCCGUCUCCGUGGUCGAGGAAUCCAUCGAGACGCCCUCGGACGCUCCAGUUGAGACUGUUGUGAGCGUGGAUGCCCCUGCAGAGGUUGAAGUCCCUCAACCAGUGGAGCACGUCUACUACUUCAUCCAAGUCUUCGACAUUGAGGCGCAGAUCCUACGGACCGUGGGCUCUUUCUUCUCGAAGAAGGAAGAAAACAUCAAGGCCGCUAUCCGCAAGCAUCUCAAGUGGGCGCCAAUGAAGGACUUCCAGGUCUGGCAGCGUGUGGAUGGUACCAACGUGACCACCAUGGCUUCCGGUGAGACGUUCGAGACUUUCGUGCCCGAUGGUACCUGCUUUAUCGUUGGGGAUAAGGUUAACAAGGAUCGCCGUCUUAAACUCAACAUUGCGGGCAUGUUCGCCAACCCCGACCAACUUGUCCGCUAUCUGUGGGCCGCCUCGCGCAGACAUCCUACGCGGGCUCACACGGGUACGAAGACCCUCCGGGCCACGUUCACCAGCGAGUACUACAGCGGUGAAUUCAUGAAGGGUUACUUCCACGGCAAGGGCACGCACGUCUCCGACCUUGCGGCCACGUACGUGGGUGAUUUCGUCCUGGGCAAGCGCCACGGCAGCGGCUAUAUGGAGUACCCGAUUGGCGAUACCUAUGAAGGCGACUGGUUCGAGGGAGUCUGCCAUGGUCAGGGUACCUUUGUCGAGCGCAAGACCGGCAACAAGUACGUGGGUGGCUACAAGGACGGCAAGCGCCACGGCAAGGGUAUCAGUUACUGGGAAGUGGCGGACGAGGAGAUGGAUCUGUGUCAGAUCUGCUAUGGCGAAGAGCAGGAUGCCUUGUUCUAUGACUGUGGACAUGUCUGCGCGUGCGUGACGUGUGCUCGCCAAGUGGACCUCUGCCCGAUUUGUCGGAAGAGCAUCAUCAGCGUGGUGAAGAUUUACCGGACUUGA